CCCCGUGCGCCCCGCCCCCUCCUCUUCCCAUCCAGUCCCGCGAAUCUCGCGCGCACUGAAGAUGGCGGCCGCGUUGGGAAGAUUUCUCCGGGCUUCGAUUGCCCGACAUAUGAGUGCUGUUCCUUGGGGCAUCUCUGCCUCUGCAGCCCUCAGACCUGCUGCUUCCCAAAGAACAUGCGUGACGAAUGUAUUGUGGUCUGGUUCUGGUCAAGCAAAAUUCGCUUUUAGCACCAGUUCCUGCUACCACGCUCCUGCCGUCACCCAGCAUGCACCCUAUUUUAAGGGCACCGCCGUUGUCAAUGGAGAGUUCAAAGACCUAACCCUCGAUGACUUUAAGGGAAAAUAUUUGGUACUUUUCUUCUAUCCUUUGGACUUCACCUUUGUGUGUCCUACAGAAAUUGUUGCUUUUAGCGACAAAGCCAAUGAAUUUCACGACGUGAACUGUGAAGUUGUUGCAGUUUCAGUGGAUUCCCACUUUACCCAUCUCGCCUGGGUCAACACACCAAGGAAGAAUGGCGGCUUGGGCCACAUGAACAUCGCACUCUUGUCAGAUCUGAAUAAACAGAUUUCCCGAGACUAUGGCGUGCUGUUGGAAGGCCCCGGAAUUGCUCUGAGAGGCCUCUUCAUCAUUGACCCCAAUGGCAUCAUCAAGCAUUUGAGUGUCAACGAUCUCCCCGUGGGCCGAAGUGUGGAAGAGACCCUCCGCCUGGUGAAGGCAUUCCAGUUUGUGGAAACCCAUGGAGAAGUCUGCCCAGCGAACUGGACCCCGGAUUCUCCUACGAUCAAGCCACAUCCAACUGCUUCCAAAGAAUACUUUGAGAAGGUGAAUCAGUAGAUCAUCCUGUGUGAACCCACCUCUUCUCACGUCAGGAGAGAGCCACAGCUGGAACUCACUUUGAGCAUUUCAAAGAUGAUUAUUUAUAGAAGACAAAA